GCGUGUAAGAAAGAAGUCCCGCGAGUUUAAGCUCAAGAAUACCUGAUGAAAAUAUGUCACUCUGGCCGCAUGAGCACAUUCAUAUGGAGUUUAUUCAUGUGAUUAUCCCAUAACGAUCAUUAAACGCUUACAGGCAUCAUCACGAACAUGGAUGCUUUGAGAAGACCAGCCAUUCAAGAGGAUGCGGUCCGGUAUAAACUGUUUCUGGUUCAGCCUGACCCAUCAGACGCAGAAGCUAAUGAGAAAUCCUUGCAGCAACUUCUGGAGAACAUCCUGGCCGAGAUCGCCCCUCUUCUUGUGCAGUAUAUCUGGCAACAUCAGCCCUUUAAUCUAACAUACCAUCCCGAGGAAGGGGGUGAGCCAGCACAUCUGGGGGGUGUCACUGUGUUUGGUGAUAAUGUGGAAGAUGAAUGGUUCAUCGUUUACCUGCUCAAAUGCAUCACACGCACCUUUAAAGAAGUAGCUGCAGUUGUCAAUGACAAUGAUGGGCAGUUUCUGCUGAUUGAAGCAGCUGAACAUCUGCCAAAGUGGCUGGACCCGGACAGCAGUGAAAACAGGGUGUUCCUAUACCAGGGAGAACUGCACAUAUUACCCAACCGCCUUCAUCCUGGGGAGAUCGGCUGGCCCAAAGACUCAGUGCCCACUGUGGGUCAGGCACUAGAGAUGCUCCAUUUACACACAGAGCACUGUCUGGCUAGGAAACCCAUAUGCUCAGCUCUGGCCAGAAGGCUUGAUGGGUACCCAGAUAAAAUCCAGCAGAAUUUCCAUCAUGCACACUGUUACAUACCUGCAGGCAUUGCUGUAGUGUUGUCUAGAAGCCCUGACCUCUUAGCACCUGCGGUAUCUGCUUUCUAUCUGCGGGACCCACUUGACCUUCAGGCCUGCCGAACCUUUCGCACCUUUCCGCCUGACACCAGAGUUAUGACAUCGGUGAAGUUUACUCGCUGCUUAUAUGCUCAGCUUAAUCAGCAGAGUUUUAUUCCAGAUCGGAGGAGUGGCUUUGCCCUUCCUCCCCGUACUCAUCCCCAAUACAGGGCUCACGAGCUGGGCAUGAAACUGGCCCAUGGGUUUGAAAUCCUUUGCUCUAAAAGUGGACAGUCCUCAUCGGCGCAGGAACCAUCUGUGAGCAGCAACCCGCUUUGGAGAGGCUUUCUUGAUAGCCUCAAAAACAAUGGAUACUUUAAGGCUGAACUAGAAGGAUCUGCUCGAUACAAAGACCUUAUGAUGUCAGCAGAGAAUUUCUUCAAACAGUCAAUAACUAGCACACACCGGCCUGAUAUUUAUAUUCCUGGUGAUGAGGUGUUCAAAAUCUUGAAGGAUGCCUCCUAUAGUUCGGAAGACUUAAAACAACAAGAAGCACAUCUACCACCAGAGGACAGUGAUGCAUGGUUAGACAUCUCCCCUCAGGAGCUGGAGAGGCUGCUUGAGGAGAGAGGGGGCCGUGGGGUGAGUGACAGCACUCGCAAGACUGUAGGAGCAGAGAAUGAGGAGCAAGAGGAGGAAACUGGCUACAGUCUGGUAGCCGUAACACAAGGCAUGAAGAGCUUCAUCAAUGCCAUGUCCUCUCAUGAAGGAGCUGAAAUUCCAAGAUCUUGCUUGUCUGACCCCUUCAAUUUUGAUCCAGAGGCAGUAACUAGUGCUCUCGAUAGACUGCUUGGAAAUAAGGAUGAUGAGUUAGAUUCUGAUGACUUUGAGGAUGACGAUGAUGGCGAUGAGGAAGAUAAUGAAAAUAAGGAUGAAAAAGUACAGAAUGAUGAAUCCGUUGAGCAGACAGGCGCAGAGACAUUGGAGAGUUUAAGAAAGUACAUGGAUGAAAUGGACCAAGAGCUGCAAAGCACAAAUAUUGGCAAAAGUUUCACUCAGACUAAUAAAGUUGGUAAUAAAUCGGAUACGACUAAAAGCACAUCGGUCACGGCAGACUCUGAACUUGCUGAGGAAGAGAUCCAGCCACUCGAUGUGGACCUCAAUCUGGUUACAAAUUUGCUUGAGUCAUUGGCUUCCCAGGCUGGUCUAGCUGGGCCUGCCUCUAACCUGCUGCAAAGUUUAGGCAUUCACAUCCCCCCUGAUGCAGAUAAGUCAUAAAUGAAGUCAAAAGCAAUCAAACAAAUUCAUUUAAACCCAUUGAAACGUAUCCCAGACUUUUAGUGUCACUUCGCCUAAAUCUCAAAUAUUUCUCAGCUAUAAAAGGACUUUAUGACAGUUUUUAGUACUUUUAUGGUAGUGAAUGUGAAUUCAAUAAUUGAUUAACAUUGGUCUUUCAUGGAAUUUGAUUUACGUGUGGGAAUUGUUUUCAGUAUCAUGUCUCGGCAGUUCUUUAGAAAACACUGUUCCCACUGUAAAUGUGUAUUUUUCUACCUUCGUAAAUAAAGAUUUAUAUUUCUGGGAUUUCCCUGUUGAGUUGGUCUCAGUAAGUCACAUCAGUUACAAAAUGUCAGUUAUAGCUCAAACAGAAAGGAAAAAGGAAUGUUUUACUGUGCUUACCUGCACUAAAAUGACUGAUAAUCUCAACACAUUGCUAACUUGUGUAACAUUAACUAGGUGGACAGAUCAGUGACAUGAGAUUGCAAAGCUCCACCGCAGUUCUGGUGGUGAUAAACUUUUCCAACCUCUUUUAAAAGAAUUUAAUAUAAGCUGUUGAGUUUUAUUUAUUAUGGACUACAAUGAGCAAAAUUGAGCUCAACUGAUGGCAUGAUGCUAGCAAGUUCAGGGGUUCAACUCCCAAAGCAAUGCAUGUACUGAUAAAAUGUACAGUUUAAAUGAACUUUAUUGGAUGAAAGCAUUUUGUAAAUAUAAAAACAAAAUCUAAUGGAAAAGUAGUUACAUUAUUUAACAUGACAACAAAUAAAGACACUGAAAACAGUUGAGAAUGCUACUUAGUAUUUCGAAAACCUCUUCAAUAUGCUUCAUUUUCUCCAAAAUAAUACUGUAAUUUGUAGGCCUUUGUAUGUUAAGAGCUAAUUCAGUAAAUGAGUCAUAAGUUUUCUCUUUUUAUAAAUGUUAUCAUCAUAUAUAUUAUUGCUCUAAUAUUCUUAAAUGUUAGAGCAAUGUUAAAUGUUUAACUGCAAUCAUUGAUUUACCAUGGUCCUUUGUUGAGUUAUUAAAUAUUGUUGAUAAACUUGUAUGCUAAGGUAGAUCUCAAAAAACUGUCAAGAGCAUGCCAUUCUAAAACAAUAAAGGAACCUAUUUUGA